CAAGUAGUAAAUGGUCUGUUUGAGUGAUAAAUGAGAUCUUGCCUGAAUUGAUGGUUGCCUGAAUCCCAGGCUUGCACAAAACCGUGGUCGGAAUGUGCUAGCCCGCAAUUAUAAAUGAACAAAGGUGCGACGAAACUUAUCCGACCGCGGAAUCGCUGAUAAGGACUGCGACCAAGAAGAAUAUCAACCGCGAGACUUGUCGUGGGAGAGGAUUGAAACCUGCCCAUCCAAAAAUCAUUGAGCCCCCCCUAUCCAAGACCCUUAUGCAAAAUGACACUCAUCAACAUAUCCAUCACCUCAGACCCGGUCUGUCCAUGGUGCUACAUCGGUUACCGCCGCCUCACCAAGGCCCUCCGCCUGUACCAAAAGACCUACCCGGGCGGUGGUCAAGACGCCAUCCGCAUCACCUGGAAACCGUACAUUCUGGACGCUAACGCCCCGAUGGAGAGCAUCCCCUACAUGGAACGAAUGACCCAGAAGCUCGGCCCGGAGAAGGUCCCCCACGCGCAAGCCCACCUCCAGCGACUGGGCCACGCCGACGGGAUCCACUUCCGCUUCGGCGGGCGGAUUGGAAGCACCCUCCCCGCGCACCAGGUUAUCAUGCUCAGCCAAUUGCAGGAUCAGGGGCAUACGUCAGAGAGCGCAUUGACGGGGUCGGAUACUGGUGUCGGUGCGGCGGCGCUCGUGGAGGCGAUCUUCGAGGCGCAUUUCGAGCGGGAGCAGGAUAUCACGGAUGUUGAGACGUUGGUUCGAUUGGCGGGACGGGCGGGAAUGGAUGAACGUGUGGCUCGCUCGUGGUUGGCGGAAGGGCGCGGCGUGGCGGAGAUCCAGCAGGAGGCGCUGAGGGCAAGGGACGAGGGGAUCGUUGGGGUACCGUACUUUCAGUUCGGAGGAGGGGAGCGGAUGCGCUCGUUGAGCGGGGGGCAGGAGGUUGCGGAGUUUCUGGAGGCCUUGAUUGCGUAUAAGGAGGGGUUGGAAGCGACAGAUGCUUCGAGUGGUGUGCGGGGAGUAGCGUGCGCUGGGGAUACUUGCUGAUGUCCAUGGAUGAAAGCAAGAUUGAGAGGCAUGAAGGAUUAUGGAGUGUAGUUGCUGCCAGGGGGAUAUGUGUUCGUUUUUGAUUUGCUUUUAAGCGCGUCUGGACAGAUGGGUCGCGGUCUGGAUCUGUUCUGAUGCAAGAGGUUGCAUAUGGCUGUUGUCCACACUCUCGGGUCCGAGAACUCUUCUGUUUAAAAUGCGAUAUUAGCCUGCAAUUCAGCGCAAGACAUACUGGACCCAGCACUUUCAAUUUGAGUUGGAUACUUGAUAUAGAUUGCGGCACGAACACCAGGAUAAGCAGUUUCAUUCUGGUCCAACGCCCAGGAUUUGUCAGAAGCCAAGUUCACCGGUCCUUCAUGGGGGCGUUGAGGACGGCCGAUACUUGUGACGAUUAAGGGUAGGGUAUUCAUGCAGCAG